UGGCACCGCGGAAGUGAGGGGGCGUGCGCGCGCAGGGGCGGGGUGAAGGAUUUUGGGCGGCGGCGGGCGACGCUUGUCACCGGAGGCGGCAGCAGUAGCAGCGGCGGCGGCGGCGAGGAGGAGACUUCAAUCACAGUUUCCGGAAUGGCGGAGCAAGAACCCACCCCUGAACAGCUGGCCCAGAUUGCAGCUGAGAAUGAGGAGGAUGAGCACUCAGUCAACUAUAAGCCCCCUGCCCAAAAGAGUAUCCAGGAGAUCCAGGAACUGGACAAGGAGGAUGAGAGCCUACGGAAGUACAAAGAGGCUCUGCUGGGAAAUGUUACUAUUUCUGCUGAUCCCCGCACUCCGAAUGUGGUGGUAACAAAGCUGACUUUGGUUUGUGCUGCUGCUCCUGGCCCCUUGGAAUUGGACUUGACAGGUGACUUGGCAGCUUUCAAGAAGCAAUCAUUCAUAAUGAAGGAAGGUGUGGAGUACCAGAUAAAAAUCUCCUUUCAGGUGAAUCAUGAGAUCGUUUCAGGGUUGAAGUACAUCCAGUAUACAUUCAGGAAAGGAGUAAAAAUUGACAAGACUGACUAUAUGGUUGGCAGCUAUGGGCCCCGUCCAGAGGAGUAUGAGUUCCUCACCCCCAUGGAGGAAGCCCCCAAGGGUAUGUUGGCCCGGGGCAGCUACAAUAUCCGAUCCAAAUUCACAGAUGAUGAUAAGACAGACCACCUUUCCUGGGAGUGGAACCUGAACAUCAAGAAGGAAUGGAAGGAUUAGCCCUUCCUAGCCAAAUCCCCAAGAAUUGCUCAGACAGUGGCUACAGUAGAAACCCCACCCUGUACCAAAGUGCUGGCAUCGGACAUCCCUCUUCUCCUUCCCCUUUUUAAGCUCACCAGGAAGAUCUUUCUGGCUCAAGGCCCCACCUCCUAAGAAUCACUGCAAGAAAUUGACCAAACCUGUGCCAUCUGUUCGCAAGCACAGAGGCAGAACUGCCCCUUGUCCUUCCUCUGACUUUUGAGUCAGAGGUCCCCUGCUUCUAGCCCUUCUGAAUUCAUCUCAGGCAAAAUAUUGAAAGGAAAGCCAUGUUUCCUGCCUCUGGGGCCAAGGACCUGGGAGACACUUCUGUCUCUGGCUAUGUGGGGGGAGAUACAGAGGAAUCCUAAUUCCAUGUAGAGCUGGCAAGGGCCUGCUCCCCCAGUUUGUGUCCAGGCUUAAUCAUGUUCAUAGCCCACCUGUUUCCUUUCGGGGCAUGGGUUGGUUUUUCAUUUGUGAUGGUUUCCUGUAACCAUGAUGCCUUAAUGUGUGUAACAUACAUCCUCCAGGGAGGGUCCCACCCAAUUCCCGCCUUGUUACACAUUUUUUUUUAUAUGUGCACCCGUCCUGUCCACACACACCCUCCCUCCUGAUUCAGAUCUCCUGGCUGGACAUUUAUGCUGCUGAGGCUGUCUCCUCAAGGGCUUAUGUAGGGUUCAGGCUGUUAUCCUUGUAGGCUCCUUUUGGCCAGAGAAGUCCUUUACUCCAGCUAAGGAGGGGGAGGGGGGCUGUCAGUGGGCAUAGAAGCUUUUAAUGCCACUGUAGUCUCCAUGUUAGUUCAAUCAUACAGAAACUGACUGCAGAGUCCUGAAGCCCCAAGGGCAGCCUCUGGGAUUUAGGGCUUGAAGAUGUUGGCCUAGCUCAGCUAUUCCUCAUCUAAUCUGAACAAAGAGCUUGCUGUGGACAAAUAUUCAAGAGAGCAGAGAAUGCCUUAUGUAUCUGUUCUGCCUUUUAUACCACGUGCCUGGCUUGUCAGUAUUUAUUAUUGCCUUGAUUAGAUUCUUUUCCCUCAUGAUGCCCGGCCACCCCAGCAAGACCCUACUGGCCUGCAAUCGGGAGCCAGAGACCUGCUUGCCAGCCAGUUGGGACCAGGUUCCUGCUCCACAGUCCUGCACGGUGGGCUACUGUGAGUCCCAAAGUUGUUCUAGAUCUGGGACCAAGUGUGCGUGGUUCCCUUUCAUAGCUAUGUGUCUGCCCACGUCCUCUUCCCUUCUCCUUCCCUGUAGAGGAGAUUUUUUUUUGUUAAAUUGAUUUGAUGCAUUUUUGUCUGUAAAUCUUAGAUCUGAAUUAACAGAUUGGAAUCAUCAGCUUCCCCUUUUCUGACAGUAAAAUAAAAUCAUGAAAGUGA